AUGGCCACUUUGAAGUUCAUCUUCGCUGUGUUUGUUUCCUUUUGCAUUGUAAAAGGAGGCUUGAGCCAGGGCCAGUGCAGCCUGUCGGACAUCAGCGUGACCCAAACAGCCGUGGGAGUAGUUCAAGGUGUGACGGAGUACCAAGUGUCGAUUAGCAACGGAUGCAUUUGCACUCAUCUCAACGUCGUGUUCCAGUGCGCUGGAUUCAACAGCGUCGAGCCGGUGGAUCCGGACUUGUUCAAGCCGACAGGCGGAGAUCAAUGUCUGGUCAACCACGGUGGACCCAUCCACGAUGGCGACACCAUCUCCUUUAACUAUGCACCGCAGAGUCAAGUGGCGCUUUCGCCGCUCAGUUCUGAAAUUGCUUGCUCUUGA